ACAUGACAAUCGAUAGCUGAAGCGUGUUUUAUGUUGUGAAAAAUUUUUGAUCAAAACAAUUAUAAAAAGUUUUCGUUGUAAUUAUUCCAUUAUCGAUGCUUUCGAUCAGCAUUAUCAGAACUUUUUCCACUGUCCCGAAAAUUUCUGGACAAGCUGUGGGCAAAAAACGGUUCCGUUUACCAGUUGAGACCGAUCCGAAAAAAUUGAUGAAUUUUUGUUGUGGUGCCAAUUAUUAUAAAAAUUGUGAAGAAAUAAAAUUGAAAGAUGAUGAUAAUUAUCCAGAUUGGUUAUGGAAUUUACCACUUAAGCCCCCCAGACUCCAUGAAUUGGAUCCAAACACUAAAGAAUAUUGGGAAAAGGCUGAAAUUGUUGGUCAACAACGUGAUUGGAAACUUCGAAGUAUUACCAAUAAAAGACAUAUGAAUCUGAAUCCCAUCGAUGUAGAGAAAAUGGAAUUGAAAUAUCGUCGUAGAUUCCGUGCAUUGGCUAAAUAUCAUUUUACUGCAGGUUAUGAUAUGGUCGAACAUCAUGAGCGAGAUGAUAUCUGGAAUAUGCAUCUAAAAGAUCGAUAUUAUAUACCAGAUGAACCUGAAAAGAAAUUCUAUCCAGGUAUCGAUAAUAUCAAUCUGAAUAAAGCAUCAAUUGCUUCAAAAUAUACGAAGAAAAUCAUAAGAGCCGGUCAUUUUGGAAAAUAAUUUAUUUGUCAUAUCUAAAUCAAAUAAAAAUUAAUAAAUAGUUUUAUU